AUGAACCUCGUCGCCGCAGCCGCCCUGCCGGCCGUGACGCCGCGUUCCGGCGUCGUGCUCCCACGGAGCGGCCGCCGACACUGCCGCCGCGGGGUCGUCCCACUCGCGGCCUCGAGCUCGGUGGCCUCCUUUACCUCCUCCUCAUCCUCGGCGGCGGCGGCGCUUAUCUAUGCGCCCACGCCGCAGGACCGGCCUCUCCGGACGCCGCAUAGCGGGUACCACUUUGAUGGCACAGCUCGACCUUUCUUCGAAGGAUGGUACUUCAAGGUGUCGAUUCCAGAGUGCAGGCAGAGUUUCUGCUUUAUGUACUCUGUCGAGAACCCUCUCUUCCGUGAUGGUAUGAGUGAUUUGGACAAGUUGGUACAUGGUCCGCGCUUUACUGGUGUGGGAGCACAAAUCCUUGGCGCGGACGAUAAGUACAUAUGCCAGUUCUCUGAGAAAUCAAACAAUUUUUGGGGAAGUAGGCAUGAACUAAUGCUGGGUAACACUUUCAUUCCCAAUAAAGUGUCAACUCCCCUGCAAGGGGAGGUGCCCCCUCAGGAUUUCUCUAAACGUGUUUUGGAAGGGUUCCAAGUCACCCCAAUCUGGCAUCAGGGUUUGAUACGUGAUGAUGGAAGGUCAAAGUAUGUGCCAAAUGUCCAAACAGCUCGCUGGGAGUACAGCACUCGUCCAGUUUAUGGGUGGGGUGAUGUCAAAUCUAAGCAGUUGUCCACAGCUGGUUGGCUUGCAGCUUUUCCUUUCUUUGAACCUCAUUGGCAAAUAUGCAUGGCUGGUGGCUUGUCCACAGGAUGGAUAGAAUCGGAUGGAGAACGGUUUGAAUUUGAAAAUGCUCCAUCUUACUCAGAAAAGAACUGGGGUGGAGGUUUUCCAAGAAAGUGGUAUUGGAUCCAGUGCAAUGUCUUCUCAGGAGCUUCUAGUGAAGUUUCUCUAACUGCUGCUGGCGGGUUGAUGAAAAUUGGACUUGGUGAUACCUACGAAAGACCUUCACUGAUUGGAAUACAUUACGAGGGACAAUUUUUUGAAUUCGUACCUUGGACUGGAACAGUAAGCUGGGACAUUGCGCCGUGGGGUCGUUGGAAGAUGUCUGGCGAGAACAAAACUCAUCUUGUAGAAAUAGAAGCAACCACUACAGAACCAGGAACUGCUCUGCGAGCUCCUACUAUCGAAGCUGGACUGGUACCAGCGUGCAAAGACACCUGCUAUGGAGAUCUAAGGCUACAGUUGUGGGAAAAGAAAUACGAUGGUAGCAAGGGAGAGAUGAUACUAGAUGCCACAAGCAACAUGGCAGCACUAGAAGUUGGCGGAGGCCCGUGGUUCAAUGGGUGGAAAGGGACAACUGUUGUGAACGAGGUUGUAAAUAACAUUGUGGGCACCCAAAUCGAUGUAGGGAGUCUCUUCUCAAUCCCAUUUCUUAAGCCCCCAGGCCUGUAG